AUGUACAGAUUUGGCGAAGCUUCAUGUGCCAAGUGGUUAUGCCCAAGGCAAAAUUUUCCCAAUGUUGCAUUCGUCCAGGCUGUCGAUCAUAAUGAUGGACUCCUUCAGGUGGUUUCAUCACAUGACAGUAGAUAUCAUCGUCUCCCUUCUCUUCUUGGUCUCUUACUAGAGAUGUGGUGUGUUGAGUACUUGGCGGAUGGAAAUUGCGCUCAACACUGGCGCGCUAUAGCUCAGUGCAUAGAAAGAAAUAGAAAAAAAUUGAACUUAGAUUGGGUGGAGGCCGCGCGAACGCAGGCCCCCUCAGCAACAAAUUAUGAUGUAGGCUCCACCACUUGGGUAGACCUUAGGAAAACACCCCUCCUAAGUGCAAUGGAGGUCACAAUCCUAGGCCAUGGGCCUUCUUGA